UUGUGAAGACUAAGUAAAACCGGCUUUGAUUUCAAACGGCAAAUAAUGGUACUUUUGGUGGCCAUCUUGUAUCUUAUUGGAGUAUUUCAUAUCACAGAGGGGAAGGAAUGUGACGCUAAGGCGCAAUGUACAGGGCUCCCAAGUCCAAGGCUUUCUCCUAUCAACAUUGUUACUAAUGGAACCGUCUGUAAACCUUUUCCACCAUUAGUAGUGCAAGAACAUGGACAAGAACGUGGGUACAAGUGGCAACCGUGUUCCAACUUGGAAUUCCAAAAAGAGGGGAACGGAAAAGUUAAACUUGAUACAUCUAGUUGUGAUUUAACUGUGCGUGGAGGGGGAUUGAUUGGGGAGUACGAUGUCAACAUAAUUGUAUUCCAUACAUAUGGUUCCGAACAUACCGUCAAUGGAAAACAUUUCCCUAUUGAGAUGCACCUUGGCAACAGAAUCAAGUGGGGAAACCCCUUGUGUGCCACAAUUUCAUAUGUUUCUGUGAUGUUUGAGAUAUCUCCAGAGGAUAACAAGAAAUGGACACGCUUCAUUAAAUCGAUAGAUUAUCCUGCUAGUAUUGAUCAAUUACGCAUACAACAGCUUCUACCAAGGAACAUGAACAGCUUUUACCGUUACUAUGGCAGUCCAACAUGCCCAGCUAAAAAUCCGGACGGAAGUGUACUGAAGCCUACAGAUGAAGUAGCAAUAUGGACAAUAUUUAAGGAUACUAUCAGCAUAUCUGAACGACAGUUGCGGGAUUUUCGUUCUAUAAUGGGGUAUGAUCCACAUUACACUGCAACACCUAAAGAUAUGUUGCCCCUCCAAGAUAUCAAUGGUAGAUCUACAUACGAGGCAUGUGACCAAGACAAAUUCUGCAAUUUGGCGAACGGUAAUGAAGAUACAAACCUGGACAACGCUAGUAAAAUGUGUGACUAUAUCAUCAAAGGAAGAGUUUUUGACAAGUGUGGAUCGGCAGAAUUGCAUCUGGAGGAAAACUCAGUUCGCAUAGGACUGAAGACAUGUGGAUUCGAGCUCAUAGAUGGACUUCAAACUGAAGAUUUCUACAGUGUGUUACAUAUGGAUCUCAUUUCCACAUUUGAAGACCAACGUCAGUCAAUGGAGUUGCAUAUUGUUAGCAAGAAUGGAAACCCAAAUGCUCCUGAAUGUAUCCAAUUUACAAACCUAAUUUUCGUGUUUGAGCUAACAGAUGAAGACAAUUCAAAAUGGAAAUUCCUCAUUGAUGUAUUAGACCAAGCAAAACAAGAUAGAAGUGUUGUAGAUCUAGAAACGUUUUCACUUCGCUCCUUGCUGCCAGACAACAUGCACGAUUUUACAAGCUCCUUUGGUAAUCAAAAUGAUCCUCUCUACUCUGAGUCUGCCAGAUGGUUGGUCUUCGCGUCACCUAUCUCUAUAUCAGAGUCUCAAAUGAACAAGAUCAGUGGUGCCCUUCAAUAGAUCAAAACACAUGGAC